AUGCCCACGCUCCCGCCCGAGCUCUUUGACGAGGCGAUUGACCACCUUUGGGACGAUCCCACGACCCUCCGCGCGUGCAGCCUCACCUGCCGCGCCUUCGUCCCCACCGCGCGCCUCCACAUCUUUCGUACCAUCCGUAUCCAGGGUGCCGGGCACUGCGACCGCUUCCGCGCCCUACUUGCGACGGCGCCUGGCAUCGCCUGUUGCGUCCGCCGCUUGACCAUCUGCGCGGCGUACAAAGGUGUCGACGCAGAGGGCCGUGCCCUCGAGGACGAUGCCUGGGUGAACACCAUUGCCGCAGUCCUCCCCCAACUCACGCGUAUCACCACACUGGGCAUCGCACGCGUGCGGUGGAACGCCCUUCUGGCCGAGACACAGUGCGCAUUCGCUGAGCUCUUCCGCCAGAUUCAGACCCUGUUCCUCUUCGAGGUACGCUUCUUGGCGUCCGGGGACGUGUUGGACUUCCUGUCGGCAUUCCCGGUGCUCAGUGAGUUGUAUUUCCACGGCGUCUCAUGGGAAAACGAAUCCCCAGCGCCCUUGCCGCUUGCGAUUCAGCAUCCCGGGUAUAUGGAGGCGAGGAAGGAGCAGGAGCGCAUGCAGCUAUCGUACCUCUUCCUGGAUCCCAAGUCAUCCCCCACGCUAGUUACCGAAUGGUUGCUCAGGCACCCUUCGGAGCAGCAUCUGCGUUCAAUUCAGUUGUGCUGGCGUGAAAUCGACAAUAUGAAAGGCGUCGGCGACCUCUUGCAUGCGAGCGGCGCCUCCCUCGAGCGCCUGUCAAUCGAGUUCCCGGCUGGCGUGCCAGAGGAGGCUGUCCUGCAAAACCAGAUAAGCCUGGUACACAACACCGGCCUCCGAUCGGUGCAUUUCGGGGGCCUCAAAGUCGCAGUCGCACGCACCUUCCUUUCGAACCAUCUCUUCCCUUGGGUCACCGCGAUGAUCUCGCAAAUCCGCUCUACGCAUCUACAAGAAAUCAUUUUUGAAUUGGAGUUAAACACUGUUCGCGAUCUUCUCAGCCUCGACUGGGCGCGCAUAGAUCGUGACCUGUCGCGGGAGGAGUUCAAAGGUCUUACCGUCAUCUUCUACGUCAGCUGCAACGACACUAUUAUCGGGAAAGCAGUCAAAGAUGUGCAGAAAGGUAUCUCGGAUUGCCUGCCUGGAUUUCGCGAACGGGGAACGCUGUGCGUCUCGUGCAUUUGA